AUGAAAACAAAUAAUGGCACGUGAAGAACGCGUGAUAACAGGAUUCUAUGCCAAUCAGAAUUCGCCACGCGAAGAAAGGGAUAGAUCACCGACGUGUUUCCUAUCAUCCUGUCUCCUAACGACCUUUUGCUCUUCACUAUUGGGCCAACGCGAGUCCAGGAAGGAUUAAGAGUCUCUUUCGUACCUCGGUACAGAAUUUUCCCAGACUAAAUUAACUGUUUUACACCGUUGCCAUUUUCUAUAUCACCAUUAAUCUGUGUGGCAAUAGUCACAGGCUAUGAUAUAAUACAUAUAUCAUAAAUAUUUCAUUAAAUAAUUUUAUUAUUAAAAGACUGAAGCACUUUAGCUGAAUAAUUUGUGAAAAAAGACGAGUGAUAUUAUAUUUAAAGUGGUGAUUGUAUAUAUUUCAAAAAUACUGCAUAAUGGUUCGACAAGUUUUUAUCGGUCCUAUGAUUCAUGUAGAUGACACAUAUAAUGUAGUGGUAUAUAAGGAUAAAAUUACGAUAAUUGUCGUGAAUGGCAAGAUUGCAAAGGUUACGGAAAAUGCAGAUCAACAGAUGAUAGAUGAUUUUCACGCAGACGAAGUUAAUAAUUUAAAACCAGGACAAUUUCUAAUACCUGGAUUUAUCGAUUGCCACACAUACCCAGCGCAGUUUCUGAAUCUUGGAUUGGGUUAUGAUAAAACUCUCUUAGAUUGGCAGGAAGCCUAUACUUAUCCAUUGGAGAAGGUGUUUAUUGAUCAAGACUUUUCAGAAAGAGUGUUUGAUAAAGUUGUGACACGAACUAUGUUCUUUGGUACAACAACAGCUUGUUAUUCUGCGUCUCUGUAUGACGAAACAUCUACACUUCUCGCGCAGAAAUGUUCAGAGCUUGGUCAACGGGCUUUCAUCGGAAAAAUAAACAUGAAUGCUCGACGAGACGAUGGAUAUUAUGAAACCACGGCAACAUCAAUUGAAACUACUAAGCGCUUUAUAAAAGCUGUCGAAGAAAUAGAAAAUCCUCUUGUGCAACCAAUUAUUACACCGAGAUCUGCAUUGACCUGCGAUAUGGAAUUAUUGCAAAAGCUGGGAAAUAUUGCUAAAGAUAAAGAUUUACUUAUACAGAGUAACGUUUCUCAAGACCCAGACGAAGUAAAAGCAGUGAAACAUAAAUUUGGAUUACCGACAUACACAGAUGUUUACAAAACCGCUGGUCUUCUUAGCUUGAAGACAAUAUUAGCACAUGGGACCUGUCUUGAGAAGUCUGAAGUUCACACGCUUGCGGAUAAGAAAAUACCUAUAGUUCACUGUCCAACUUCGAAUUUAAAUCUGAGAAGUGGUCUUUGCAAUGCGGCCGGUUUACUGGACGAUAAAGUCGAGGUCUGCCUUGGAACAGAUAUUUCAGGUGGAUCAAAUUACGACAUAUUGCAUGAAAUGAGACAAGCUUUACGAGUAUCACGUUCUAUAAGUAUAAAUAACCCUGAUUUUUCAAAUACCGAUCCUCAAAUAUCACUUAAUGUCGAUGAAGUUUUCACUAUGGCAACAUUAGGAGGUGCUAAAGCGCUUCGAAUUGAUAACAAGGUCGGUAACUUUAAGCAGGGCAAAGAAUUCGAUGCUCUCAUCAUAGAUUUCACAGGAAGAAUAGAGCAGGGUUAUCUUCGCGAAAAUCUCGAAAGAUUUAUAUAUAACGGCAGUUCUCGAAAUGUAAUAUCAGUUUAUAUAAAAGGUAGAAAAGUUAAGUAAGAAAGAUUUUAUGAGAUGUU